UCAGUCGUGUCGUCGGUUGGUCAGUCAAUCGGCAGGGCAGCGAAAGCUCUCAGUUAGUCAGUCAAUUCGUCAUUUAAAUCGGAUUGAUGUUGUGAGUACGUACGCCAUGAAGCUGUUGAAAAUCCCUGCAGAAGAGGUGAAAAAUUUUGUUGACUAUUGCCAAUCCACCGGGUCACCAAACCAGGCGAUGGAUGAACAUCGUAACGUUCGUCGCUAGUGAUCACCACCCCAUGGGCGUUGGUAAAACGUAUAAGGUUGUUAUAGAUUCUUCUACAACCCUGCACCUCAACGUAACCGAUUACAUUCCAUCCCGUCACAUUGCACUGGAAGCACACACUGGUUUUCUUCGUCCACGCCUUGAAUUUUGGUUUUUCAGCCACCGCAAUCGAAGGCAUUUGCCCGCCAUCGACGAUAAACCAUCGCCGAAGCGACCUUCUGUGCCAAAUGACCCAAAAAACACGACCAUCAUCGUCGAUAUCAGAAGUACCAGUAGAGUAAGCCGCAACCAAAGUUUUCCCAUCGAACUAGAAUCGCAUCCGGAGUGGCCGUCGUCGUCAUCCACGGAAUUGCCACCGCAAACGGGUGUUCAUAAUGGCAAUGGUGGUCGUCAGCAGCACCAUCAUCAUCAGCAUCCUCGUGGUUGCUGCAGUCGUAGUCGUCGCCGUUGGAUUGGCCAGCGCAAGGUCAUGGACGACAGGUGCGGCGAAGCGGUGAAACCAACCGCAAACGUCAUUAGUGGCCAUGUGGAACACCAUCGUUGCCAUCAUCAUCAUCAUCAGCAUAAAGCGCAGAACUUUCAGCAGCCGGAAAAUGGCCAGAGUAGCCUCGGUUUGAAGUUUUAUUUCAAACAUAACUCAUUUUUAUUUCAGCAUACACUGGGACGCUUGUUGCGUCACAUGGUGGAACGACAUUUCCGUCGGUCACUUCGGCACCUGGAGCUGAUGCUAGACGACAUGGACGUGCUUCAUCGGAAACUGUACCGUUCGCCAAACUUCAAACUGGAAUCCACCUAACGGAACAUCAAAUCCACUCAGCUAAUGGAUUCUCUGUCGGACGUUGAAAUUGUUGCAGGAGGGGAGCGGUCGUUACGUUGAACAUAUGCUGCACCAUAUCGGUUACCAUCUAAAAUCGAAUCGGAUUGAGAAGUUUGUGUUGAAAUUUCGCUGUUACUAGGAAUCAAACCUUCACCAAACCCCCAAGAUUGUCCAUCACUGCGCUGGGAUCCAUUUGAAACUCGAAGUAAUGGUGAUUGUAAUGCAAACUAAAGCGUUAAAGCAUCAAACAUGUACUGACUAUAUUCGACAUGAUAUUUUAGCAUUUGUUAUGCAUUGAUUAACAUCAACCAUUUGGAAUAUACAUUUCAUGGCCUUCGCGGAGAAGGUCGUGAGCAUUGGUUUGGGAAACACUCGAGAAAUAUAAACAGUUUAAAAGAA